AUGUCCCGUCCUCAAGUUUCCGUUAUCUCAACCGAAGGUAAGGCUACCUCAGCCCAACUCCCAUUACCAGCUGUCUUCGCUGCUCCAGUUAGACCAGACUUAGUCCACUCCGUCUUUGUCAGAGUCAACAAGAACAAGAGACAAGCUUACGCCGUCUCCGAAAAGGCCGGUCACCAAACCUCCGCUGAAUCAUGGGGUACCGGUAGAGCUGUUGCCAGAAUUCCAAGAGUUGGUGGUGGUGGUACCCACAGAUCCGGUCAAGCUGCUUUCGGUAACAUGUGUCGUGGUGGUCGUAUGUUUGCUCCAACCAAGACCUGGAGAAAGUGGAACGUCAAGGUUAACCACAAUGAAAAGCGUUAUGCCACCGCUUCUGCCAUUGCUGCCUCUGCUGUCACUUCAUUGGUUCUUGCCAGAGGUCACAGAGUCGAAAACGUUAAGGAAUUACCAUUAGUUGUUGCUAACGAAUUCGAAGCCGUUACCAAGACCAAGGAAGCCGUUGCUGUCUUAAAGGCUGUUGGUGCUCACAAGGAUGUCAUCAAGGUCAUCAAGUCCAAGAAGUUGAGAGCCGGUAAGGGUAAGUUGAGAGGUAGAAGAUUCACCCAAAGAAGAGGUCCAUUAGUUGUCUACGCCCAAGACAACGGUUUAGUCAAGGCCUUAAGAAACGUCCCAGGUGUUGAAACCGCUAACGUUAAGCACUUAGGUUUAUUACAAUUAGCACCAGGUGCUCACUUAGGUAGAUUCGUUAUCUGGACCCAAGGUGCUUUCGAAUCCUUAGACGCUGUCUACGGUUCCGACUCCUCCAAGUCUGUCAAGUCCGGUUACACUUUACCAUCUAACAUCAUCUCCAACACUGAUGUCACCAGAUUAAUCAACUCUGCUGAAAUUCAAGCCGUUGUUAGACCAGCUGGCCAACCAACCCAAAAGAGAACUCACGUCUUAAAGAAGAACCCAUUGAAGAACAAGCAAGUCUUAUUAAGAUUAAACCCAUACGCCAAGGCCUUCUCUGCUGAAAAGCUCGGUUCUGCCAAGGCUCAAGAUGCUGCUAACACCAAGCCAUCUAAGGGUCAAUUCUCUGAAGUCUUAAAGAACUAA